CCGCGAGUCGGGCGGUGCAGCCGCGUCAGGAAUUGAACCAGGGCCUUGUGCAUACCAGGAAAUCACUGCCCCUAAGCUACAUUCCCCGCCUCCAAAAUUGUUGGUUUCUACCCCAAGCAUGGACUCUUUUGCUUCUGGUGUAAGCUGCAACAUGGGAUAAGGGCUCACAGCGCAGACUCAGGUGGGCCUCGGCUGGCCACACAUUGCCGCUGAACCUGGCUGGAGCCUAGGCUGCCUCUGGAGCCGCCUGAACACCUGUCCUCAAAAGACGCAAGCCAGAAAUCUAGACGUGUUCAAAGCCCUGCCCUCCACUUUUCAAUUUCCAAGCCUCCAGUCAACCGAAGUACCCGCAGGGCAGCAGGCGCACACCAUGUUGGCAGCACUGGGGACGGCCGUGGCGGGGAGGCCCUACUCGUGCGGCGAGUGCGGCAAGAGUUUCCGCUACAGCUCGGUGCUGCUGCGGCACGAGCGGGCCCACGGCGGGGACAACUGCUUCCGCUGCCUGGAGUGCGGCGAGCGCUGCGCCGGUGCCGCCGAGCUGCGUGCCCACAAGCGGAGCCACGCUGGCCAGACGCUCUACAUCUGCAGCGAGUGCGGCCAGAGCUUCGGCCGCAGCAGCCUCCUGGACCUGCACCUGGGCACGCACCGGAAGAGCGGGCGCGCCUACCCGUGCCGCCCCUGCGGCCGCCGCUUCCCUCACCUGGCCGCCCUGCUGCUGCACCGGAGCCGCCAGCACCAACCAGAGAAGCCCCUCCGCUGCCCGCUGUGCGCCCGCUCCUUCCGACAGAGCGCUCUGCCCUUCCACCUGGCACGGGCGCACCCGCCCGAGACCCCCGCCCCCGCGCCCGCGCCCCUGCACCGCUGCUCGCAGUGCCCGCGGGCCUUCCACAGCAGCGCGGGGCUGCGCAACCACGCCCGCGUGCACGUGGUGCGCAGCUUCGGGGACCCGGCCGACCCGGAGGCGCAUCGCUGCAACGUGUGCGGCAAGAGCUUUGGCAAGAGCUCCACGCUGACCCGGCACCUGCAGAGGCACUCGGGCGAGAAGCCGUUCAAGUGCCCGGAAUGUGGCAAAGGCUUCCUGGAGAGUGCCACGCUGGUGCGGCACCAGCGCACGCACACGGGCGAGAAGCCCUACGCCUGCGGCGACUGCGGGCGCUGCUUCAGCGAGAGCUCCACGCUCCUGCGCCACCAGCGCAGCCACCAGGGUGAGCGGCCACACGUGUGUGACACGUGUGGCAAGGGCUUUGGGCAGCGCUACGACCUGGUGGUGCACCAGCGCAGCCACACCGGGGAGAGGCCCUUCCCGUGCCCAGAAUGUGGCCGUGGCUUCACAGACCGCUCGGAUCUCACCAAACACCUGCGCACGCACACGGGCGAGAAGCCCUAUCACUGUGAGCUCUGCGGCAAGAGGUUCACGUGCAUCUCCAACCUCAACGUGCACCUGCGCAACCACGCAGGCCACAAGCCGCACAAGUGUGCCGAGUGCGGCAAGUCCUUCAGCGUCGCCUCCAAGCUUGCUCUGCACCAAAAGACCCACUUAGGGGAGCGGACGGCAGAGUGCUCCGAGUGCGGCAAGUUCUUCAGCCACGGUCGGUCGCUGUCCCAGCACCAGCGGUCCCACCGACGUGCCCGGGCUACUGCCGCAGCCACUGCCGCCCCGGUCACUGAGGCGGCCGUGGGUUCUGCCCUCAUCCUCUCGGUGCCCCCGUUAAGGGAGACUUGUUGAGGUUUCCACGAAGUGGCUGAACGAGCACCCAUACAGUCCCAAGGAAAAGAGAAAACAGGUGCUUUGUGAAGACCUGCCGCCUUCUGCAUUUGUUAGAGCUGCACCUGGCCUGCCUUGCCUCUAUGCAUAGUUUCCCGGCUGUCCCUGUGAUGUAAACACAGGAGUCAGGGACCCCUAACGCCCAUCCCAGAACAAGACAGCCUAGGUAUUCGUAUCCUGUUCCUGCCGCUGUGCUCUGGUGUCUGCUGUAUACGUUCUGUAUCCUUCCCUGCCCCUUCAGGUAAUGGAUUUACCAGAUAUUUCUCAUCCACUAAUCAAACGUGCAGGGAAGGUGGAAUAGCUCACCUCAGUUAAGAAUAGCUCCAUGCCAAGUCUGCACCUGUCUUAUGUGACAGCAGGCAAGGCCUUCAGCCUGUCCACCCAUUGUUCCCCUGGAAGAUCAAGGUGCCUCCUAGGAUAGUAUUCUCUGGCCAGAUGAGAUAUUUUGCCCUGGGACACAGAUCAAAACCAUGUGGGUCCCCAAAGCUUAUCAACACCAAGUACAGCAUCAGAUGUUAGAGGCUUGGGGCCAUGUAGAAGCAGGUUUCAGAGCUCUGGGAAAGGGCAAAAGAGAAACCUCCGACUGGCCAGUGACUUAGCUUAUGCUUGAUGAAAUAAAGUACGUGUUUGGGUCAAA